AUGGGCUUCACACAAUCCAUAGUACUGGGUUCAUGUUCUUUCCUGUUGGGUAUGGUGUUUGUUUGUCAAGUGGUCGACAUCCCAUUACUUUACAUGCCAGUGACGGACGAAGCUAUCCAAAAUGCUUAUACAUUCUAUGAAAUCUGGUGGGAAUCUCCUGGAGCAGUCAAGGCCUUAUUCCACGUAGCUCUUGGUCUACCACUCAUAGCGUUAUUAAUCAAAUUGCAUAAAUGGAAUGAAAGUGCAAUGUUCUUUGAUGGAAGUUGUAUUGCUAUGCACGUAGCUACUAUCAUUUUAUACUUGACAGUCCACAUCCAGAGUUUAAGAACGUUCCUCCCCGAAUCAACCACCUUGACCACCUACUCUAUCCUCCCCACUCCCCCUCCUCGUGAGAUCCCCCCUACCGAAUCUGAAAAGAUCGAAGCUGUCCGUGUACUUUCCGCUGCCAAUGCUCUAGUGGGAUUAUUGACAUUGGGAGUGAUCGGGAUGCAAAUUGGACAAGAGUACGCCAGGAGACAGGAGGAGAAGGAGCAGAGGGAGAUUGAUAGGAAAAUCGCUGUUGAGACGGAGACUAAAAAAGAUCAAUAG